AUGGACUCGAUUUCCAACAACAGGGAACUUCGCAAUGCUGUUGAGGAGCUGAUUCAAGAAACGAAGUGCCCCAUAUGUUUGGAUUUCUUGAUUGAUCCCAGGACUGCACCCUGUCAGCAUAACUUUUGCGAAGAGUGCAUCUGUGAGUAUAUCAAAGACAACCAUAGCGAGUGUCCAUCUUGCAGAACCCCCGGCACAAACCGUCGAACGUUGGCGAAGAACAAUACGCUGAAAACGGUGACAGGAAUCACGAAGAAGUUGGCCAUUGCACUUGGUAUGAUCAGUCCAGAAACCGAAACACCCAGAGAAGCAUUGUGGAAGGCCAGAUCGGUCGCCGGGAAGCGGAAAAAACGAGGCAGGCCCCGUCAGCACGCAAAACAAACUGUGGAGGAUGUUGCAAAUGUAGAUGAAGGGGUUAACAACAAUGGGCUUGAGAAGGAACAUUACCAUGCGGCAAUGCUGGAUGUAGAUGAAAGCAACAAUGAGGUCAAUGGCUCUUACUAUGACAUUGAUUUCGGGCCUUCCCUGGAGAUUCCGAUAGAGUUUCAUGAAGAAAAUGAUGUAACGGGACUGAGCAGUGCUGUCUCAGAGAAAGUCGGACAACACCAGGAAGUUGUACAGUUGAAUGCGGAGACAAUGGAUGCCAUCCUUAUUUCUAAAGCUUCGUCCGAUCAAAGCUCCCGGAUGGAGAAGAAUUUCCGUGGCAAUGGUCGAGUAGAGGCGAUGGAACUUCGAUGUAUUGUGCACGUUCUUGGUGGAUCAUGCAAGGAAGACGUAGAUUCGUUUUGUUAUGCAAUGCUGUGUGGUGUGGAACUCGUGAGUCCCGUAUGGCUUCGUCGAUGUCAAAAGGCAAAAGCAUGGUUAAAUCCAAAUGACAGCGAAAUCGUUCGAGGAUGUACUGUUGGAAAGAGGAAGCACUUUGGACCCCUCAAGCGUUCGGAAAUCCUUUCAUUGAUGAUGCAUUCUAGUGUCGACAUCUUUGCUCCGGCUAAGCUUGGAGGAAAAAGAUUUUGUCUCCUUGACAAGUCGAGAAUGAAGAACCCAGAUGGAAGUAGUUUGAGCAAACUACUCAGGUUGGCGGGUGGGGAGGAGGUCAGCGAGCCUUCAACAGCUGAGGAAGCCAAAAGCUUGAUUGUGCUGGUGAAUUCGGAGACUUGCUGUGAUUCUGCAUUGAAUAGAAUGCGAAGAUUGAGAGCUCAACUCAUCAAGUAUGGCUUUGUGAUGGAUAGCAUUAGCAUGUUCGAGGUGGCGGAGGAUUACAUGCAAACCUAUCUGUUGGCAUGA